AUGGAAGAGCUGUUAGCCACAGAAAUGUUAGUGGUUCCGUUGGGCUUUGCCAACAUCCGCACCAUAGCUGACUGCCUCGUAGAAGCUGCUGGAGGAAUUAAUGAUGCAUUUCUGUGGCUACUGGGAAGCCAAAACCAGGAGCUCUCGAAAGUGCCUCUGUCGCUGACAUUCUUCAUUGACCUGAAGCACAGCGUGGAUGCCCCAGGCCCAGCAGUUAGCCCUGUUAGAGUCUCUAGCCUGCAGAGAUUUCAGAACGAGCAGAACUGCAGUAAUGUAAAGGUUUCUAGUGCUCUUCACAGAGACUUAGAUGAGCUGUGUUCAGCCCACCUUGCACCUGAGAGUCAUGGAAAGCCGCAGACAACAGCUGUCCACCUGCGGCCCACCUGGCCCCACUCUCAGACACCAGCCAAGGAUGGACAGGAGAGAGUGACCGUGCUGCUCUCAUCCCACAUGUUAGAGAGAAGACUUCGCACCAGGGUGAUGGUUUUGUGUUUCUUUACUCACCUCUCCUCUAGACGAAUUAACGCCAGCGUGGACAAACAUAGAAUCUGGUUUUCGGUCACCCUGCUGAUUGCCUUCAUCUGCGUGCGGAGCUCCCCGUGGACCAACUACAGCGCCUACAGCUACUUUGAAGUGGUCACCAUUUGCGACUUGAUAAUGAUCCUCGCCUUUUACCUGGUCCACCUGUUCCGCUUCUACCGCGUGCUCACCUGUAUCAGCUGGCCCUUGUCGGAACUUCUGCACUAUUUAAUCGGUACCCUGCUCCUCCUCAUCGCCUCCAUCGUGGCAGCUUCCAAGAGUUACAAUCAGAGCGGACUGGUAGCCGGAGCGAUCUUUGGUUUCAUGGCCACCUUCCUCUGCAUGGCAAGCAUAUGGCUGUCCUACAAGAUCUCGUGUGUAACCCAGUCCACAGAUGCAGCCGUCUGAUGAGGCCACAACCCCUGGGCCCCUCAGAGCUUUGCAAAGAGGACGCGUACUCCAGGCGAGGCCUGUGGACCUGUGUUCCUGUGCCAAGUCCUGUCGGGCUGGUGGGAACCAGGAAAGGCCUGCCCCCUCUUCCUGCUCUCCCCGGAAGCCAGCUCCCAGAGCUCCUGAGCCUGCCGGAAACUCUUCCUCCAGCCUUCCAGGGAGAAUAUUCCCCCCCUUCUGGAAAAGGAAAGCAGCCUCCAGGGAAAUCUGUUUUCUGCCUUCCUGCUUCUAGAACCACCUCAGGUACUGAUGAACCCCACUUAGCACAGCUGGAGGGGUUUGUGAAUACUCCUGCCUAAAUCCCUUCUACUUCACUCCUCAGCGGGGAGUGAAGCGCCUUAAGAAACAAAGCUCCCUCCUAAUUUAUCUAGCUUGUCAGUCCUGUCUUAGAGAUACCCUCUUUCCUGAAGCGAGGCGUGCCUGUAGAAACACUAUGUGGUUAGCCUGUCCCUAAGGAGAUCUCGCGUCUCCUCUCCAUCUCUGCCUUUGUUACCAUUGUACACGUGUUUAUGCGUUUUUUAAUAAAAUAUUGACUCGGCCAGUU